AUGCAAACUCCGGGCGUCUCUGGUGCACAACAGCUCCACGAGUUGCUAUCACAUCGGCUGGAUCUCACGCUUGAAAAGCAAUCUGACGCGAUUAACUCGCCCAACAAUGGUCUAUCGUCAACAGUGCCCCCUGUGAUUCGUGUUCCCGGUCUUUUGUGGGCCCGUCUGAAAUAUGAGUUGUCAGACUGGCUGGUGAAAAGUGGAGUGGACAAUGUUAUGACGGUUUCCUGGCGGGAAGAAGCAUUUGCACGGGUUGCUGUACGCAGGUAG